CACGCGUUUUCAACAUAGCUUUAACUUUUCCUUCCUCCCACCUCUGCAUGCUGGACGAAGCCCGCUUUCUUUGACUUCGGAAUCGACGGCUUUCAACUGAAGGGAAUUCGUGGCUAUAAAAAUUCAAAACGCUGAUGCUGUGCUUGAUCUCUUUGUGCAUGGGAAACACCGAGGGCUGAGGUCAUAUGGAGAAGUCGCAGGAAUUCGCCGAAACGAAAACUCGUCUUGGGUCUUGACAUGAAUGGAUAAGACAGGGUGAUAUUGAUACAAUCGAGCGCAACAUUCUUUUCAGACCGUAUUGAACAACGGACGUUCUCCUUGCCGCGCUACUACACUCUCACUCUGGAUGGUGUUCGCCCACAACCUAAUGUGUACACAUACGGCCACAGCAUUGAAAAAUAAGCUGAAGGUCUUCACAUCAAAACCGACGAUAUUAACCCCGACGUUCAAGACACCUUGUACGUCCCUCCCAGUUCCAACGAUUCUGAGCUGCUUCCUCUUCUCCUCGAUACUCAGAGCCUGCAAAAUCAUUGACCGAGAGGUUUAUCAAUCACGGCACAGACUCGCUCUCACCGCCGGCGGCAGAGACGUACGGGGUUCUGUUCAGGCACUUAGGACAAACGGAAGGUCAGCUCGCGAACGGUACCUAUCGAUGGACAUCUCGUUAUAUACACUACUGCUACACGGAUAGUUUCGUGCAAUUCUUCCUUCAUGUCUAUUCACGGUUCUUUUUUGUGAUUAAGGGUCGAGAGUUAAAAAACUUUGAUUUUCACACUCCCAGUCUUCACGUCCAGCGGUUAUCCAC